GAGAACGUAGUUGAGUCAAAAUUUCUUUAUUUGACUUGUGAUCUUCCACCCGCUCCACUCUACCUGGAUGAGUUCAAGGAGAAUAUAAUCCCCCAGGUGCCGCUUGGUAAUCUUCUUGCUAAGUUCAACGGACUGCAUGAAAAAGAAUAUCGUGACUCUACAGUGCGUCGUUUCCGCCUCCAACGGCUACCACCAUACCUACUCUUAUACGUAAAACGGUUCGUGAAGAAUAUCUUUACCUUGGAGAAAAAUCCUACGAUUGUCAACUUUCCAAUAAAAGGCGUCGAUUUUGGGGAGUUACUUGAGCCAGAGGCUCGUGCAACACACAAGUGA